AUGGCUUUCGUACAUCACCCAAACGCUGUCAGUCCGGGGUAUGUCACCUAUGAUAUUGUGGCCUGCAUUUUAACCUUUAUUGCAACUAUCUGUGUUGUCCUUCGCUUCAUUCAUCGAAGCCGCACCAAAGAUUAUAUGCUGGACGACUGGGCAAUUCUUUUGUCACUAAUAUUUGAUAUCGGAGUGCUAAUUGGAACUCUAUUGAUCUCGGCACCUUCGGUUUCUGGUGCUGGUUAUCACAUCACCGCCUAUACUAUUCCAGAGCUCAACAUGUAUUUCAAGCUUGCUCUGGCAUCUAACGUUCUGUACAACAUGUUAGUAAAUGCAUCUAAAGCGUCCAUUUUGCUUUUCUACCGACGUAUUUUCUCUGUUGAUCGCCAAUAUUUGGUAUUCAUGCGAUUCAUGGCCGUCAUAAUUCCUUUAAACUGCCUGGCUGCUGUUUGCGGCCUCAUAUUCUCAACAAAUCCAGUCCGAGCACAGUGGAAUGUCGGGAUGCCUCAUAGUAGCAUGAACGAUCGACUUUUCUGGACUAUCAUGGCAGUUGUCAACAUCCUUCUAGAUAUUUUGAUCUUAGGAAUUGCCUUGGUCAAGGUAUGGAAUUUGCACAUGUCGUGGCGACGGAAGGCAAUUACAUCUACAGUCUUCCUGCUUGGUGGUUUGUGCUACUAUCAUUACAAGCAUCCUGCGGAUUAUCUUUCUAUUGACGAUACCCUUACUGAAGCAGGCAUUUGGACAAACGUUGAGACAAAUCUGUCUAUCAUUUGUGCUUGUGCGCCCGUACUCUACAAAUUCUUCCGUGACAACAACUCAAAUGAGCGCGCUGCAUCAAAUCAAAGUUCGGGAUGGAGACCUAGAAAAUUAAUAGGAACUUUGGUCACCAUUGGAAGCGCGCCAGCCAAAGUGAAGGACUCUGGAUUCCAAGAUUCCACCGACCAUACAAUUUUUGAAACGGACGGGGAGACACAUAGCAUGGAACCUCUGGCCCCAAUUCAUGUUCGGAAGGAAUAUCAAAUUAAAUAG